AUGGCAAAUGGGAGCACCUCGUCUUUCCAGGAUGUAGAUCUAUCUCGAGCUGGUACUCCAUCACAUUCAAAGUCCACAGCAUCUACCAGCGUCCCUUCUGCUCCACAAUCACCUGGGCCUUCGAGGACGAGGACCCCUCAUUCGCGACAAUCAUCUUCUGCAACAACGCUUUCGAUCACGCAUACACUCCAUGGGGGCGGUACCCAACUUUCCACGGUGUUGAUCACUCCUCCACUCCGAUUAUUAGUAGAUUCAAAAGAAGCUCGAAAAUCUCCUUCUUUCCUGGCUGCCGCGACAAAAGCAUUGGAACUAUGUCAAGCAGAUGCGGCAUAUCUUCAUCCAAGAGAGAUCUUUGAACCUCUACGACUGGCCAUCUCAAAUCCCCAGACUACCAGCGUCCCGAUCCUUAUCACCUCCCUCGAUCUCCUGUCAAAACUCGUAUCACAUUCAUUCUUCUCCGAGCCAAACGGUCCUCCGGAGGGUAUGUCACCACUUCCAGACCUCAUCACCCAUACCAUUACUCUGUCUUACUCUGAGCAUUCACCCCCUCCUGUCGCCCUCCAGGUUGUCAAGGCUCUCAUGGCCGUGGUGUUGAGCACGGACAAGGGCAUGUUAGUACAUCAGUCCAGUCUCCUAAAGGCUAUCCGAACAGUGUACAAUGUCUUCCUCCUCUCUACCGAUGCGGCAAAUCAAGUGGUUGCGCAGGGUGCUUUGACUCAAAUGGUCAACCAUAUUUUCGGACGAGUUGCUAGACCUGAUCCUAGGAAUGUCGUACCGAGGAGUAAGAGUACAGCGGGAGAGAACGAUGCACGCCGUAACGGGGCCACAGAAUCGGAGCAAAUGUCUAGAGCAGGCAGUGUGCCGCCAACACCCAAUCCUGAGGAUGGUGAGAAACCCAUGUCGGAGGAGAAGAUGACACUUGCGACUUUCGCUCAACCUAACCCUAAUGAUCAAAUUCCUGCUGGUGCAGCACAGAUUCACGAAGCUGCCAAAUUGCCCAUUGCAACUAUAUCUAUCCCCGUCCCCAACGGCGACGCCCUGGACACUCCAGAACCUCGUGUCGCCGCCGACGCAGAUGACGAUGACAUGGAAGGGCCUGGCAGGCCGAUCCCCGCAGAGGAAUUGUUCGUCAAAGAUGCUUUCUUGGUCUUUCGAGCACUUUGCAAACUUUCCAUGAAGCCACUCGUCACAGAAUCCGAGAGAGACCUGCGAUCCGACGCUAUGCGCUCCAAACUCCUUUCUCUACACCUCAUCUUGACAAUCCUCAAAGCGCACAGCGAUAUUUUUGUGAACCCUCUCAUCUGCGUGCCAAGCAAUUCGUCCCUUGAGAUGACUCCGUUCCUUCAAGCUACCAAACAGUACCUCUGCUCAGAUCUCAGCCGGAACGCCGUCUCACCCGUCACGUUGGUCUUUGAACUGUCGGUUGAGAUCUUCUGGUGCAUGCUCAAAUCUAUGAGAGCUCAGCUGAAGAAAGAGAUCGAAGUUCUGUUGAACGAAAUCUUCAUUCCCAUCCUCGAGAUGCGACAUUCCACAUUGCGCCAAAAAUCUCUUAUCCUUGCCAUUUUCAUCCGUCUCUGUCAAGACCCUCAAGCAUUGGUCGAGAUCUACAUCAACUACGACUGCGACCCUAGUUCACUUGAAAACGUGUACGAGCGACUCAUGAACAUUGUGUCAAAGAUCGGUCAAACACAUUUCGCUCCUCCGAGCAAAGAAGAGCAGGCGGGAUCAUCAAAGCCACAACACGGCAAAGACGCACCCGCAAUCCCACUUUCGCUCACCAGUGCGUCUUUGACAGAAACUGCAGCGCACUAUGCCGGACUGGCUCCAGAGGUCAAGUUGCGCAGACAGUCUCUUGAAUGUUUGGUGGCUGCUCUAAAAUCACUUGUGGCAUGGUCGGCGAUCACGUCCUCUACAAAACCAUCUGAAGAUGGCAGACCGAGCGUGGAUGGAUUAGGACGUGAUCGCAGUAACACUGGAUCUCGUGUGGAAGUCUCCACGAUCACCCCCACAUGGCCCUCUGAAGCUGCUCUGCGAAACAAUGGAUCACCCGAUAUCGAUGACGACGUGGAGAGGUUCGAAAGCGCAAAAGCGCGAAAGACGACUUUACUUGAAGGCAUCAAGCAAUUCAACUACAAGCCGAAACGUGGGAUCGAAUUUCUCGUCGAGCACGGCUUCCUGCGGAAAACGCCACAUGACCUGGCUCGAUUCUUGCUCUCUACCGAAGGCUUGAGUAAGGCAAUGAUUGGUGAGUACCUCGGCGAGGCCGAUGAGUUUAAUGUUGCUACAAUGCACGCAUUCGUGGAUAUGCUCGACUUCUCCGGUGCGCGAUUCACGGACGCAGUGCGGAUGUACCUACAAGCUUUUCGCCUUCCAGGUGAAGCUCAGAAAAUUGAUCGGUUCAUGCUCAAAUUUGCGGAACGUUUCAUGCAUAACAACCCAGAGACGGUAUUCGCCAAUGCCGAUACUGCGUAUAUUCUGGCUUUCUCUGUCAUCAUGCUUAACACCGAUGCGCACAACAAGAACAUGAAGCAAAAACGUAUGACUAAAUCGGAGUUUGUGAAGAACAACAGAGGUAUCAAUGAUGGAAAGGAUCUUCCCGAAGAGUUCCUUGGCGAGGUUUACGACGAGAUACAGAAUGAAGAGAUAAAGAUGAAAGAUGAGAUCGACGUACCUAGUGGUCCAUCUGGUCUGGCGGCAGUAGGAAGAGACGUUCAACGGGAAGCAUAUUUCGCUCAGUCGGAAAAUAUGUCUUCCAAAACUGAGGCUCUACUCAAAGCAAUGACUCGACAACAGCGUCGGGGAGUUGUUCGACCUACAGAUCACUUUUACUCUGCUUCAAGGUUAGAACAUGUACGAUUCAUGUUCGAAGUCGCUUGGAUGCCUUUUCUCGCUGGAAUGUCUGCUCAGUUACAGGAAACGGACGAAAUGGAUGUGGUCAAUCUUUGUCUUGAGGGUCUCCGACAUGCCAUCCGCAUCGUCUGUCUUUUCGAUAUGGAACUUGAACGUAACGCAUUCGUCACCACUUUGGCCAAAUUCACCGUUCUGAACAAUGUCACCGAGAUGCGACAAAAGAACGUGGAAGCCAUCAAAUCUUUACUCGAAAUUGCGGUCACGGACGGAAAUUAUCUGAAAGCUUCAUGGAAAGAAGUUCUCACGUGCGUCAGUCAAUUGGAGAAAUUACAACUUAUCUCAAGCGGUAUGGACGUACCAGACGCUCGACGACAAUCUUCCAAGAAACGACCGACCGACGACGUGGCAGAUGAAUCCCGUUCUUCCCAAGUAACAGUAGCGGCAGAUAUGGUGUUCAGUACUUCCAAAAACCUCUCGGGUAGUGCCAUAGUAGACUUCGUUCAAGCUCUAUCAGAAGUAUCGUGGGAGGAAAUUCAGUCAUCUGGAACAUCGACGAGACCGAGGUUGUUCAGUUUACAGAAAUUGGUCGAGAUAUCGUAUUACAACAUGGGAAGAAUAAGAUUGGAAUGGAGUAAUAUAUGGUUGAUCUUGGGAGAACACUUUAAUCAAGUUUGCUGUCAUAAUUCUCCUAAUGUUAGUUUCUUCGCUUUGGACGCUCUACGACAAUUGGCCAUGAACUUUUUAGAAAAGGAAGAAUUGUCACAUUUCGGUUUUCAGAAGGAUUUCUUGAAACCUUUUGAAUAUACCAUCGUGCAUAACAAGAAUGCCGAUGCCAGGGAGAUGGUACUCCAAUGCCUUCAACAGAUGUUACAAGCCCGAGUUCAAAACCUUCGAUCCGGUUGGCGAACCCUUUUCUCCGUCUUCUCAGCAGCUUCAAAAGUUUUGACGGAAAGAGUAGCAAAUUACGCCUUCGAACUCGUCACCCUCGUAUAUCGUCAACACUUCGCUUUGGUCGUACGAUAUGGUGCCUUUGCCGAUUUGACAAUCUGCUUGACGGAUUUCUGUAAAGUGUCAAAAUUCCAAAAGAUCAGUUUACAAGCUAUCGAAAUGGUAAGAGGGUUGGUUCCGAAAAUGUUGGAAUGUCCAGAGUGUCUCUUACCUCAACCAGGAGAAGAAAGGGAGAAAGGAGAGGAUCCAAUGGUGAAAUAUUGGUUACCUGUUUUACAUGCCUUUUAUGAGAUAAUCAUGAGUGGGGAUGAUUUGGAGGUGAGAAGAUUAUCUCUCGACUGCCUCUUCUCCACUCUCAAAGAACAUGGCCGCAGCUUCACUCCGGAAUUCUGGCGAAUGGUCUGUGAUCAAGUUCUCUUCCCCAUCUUUUCUAUCCUUCGUCAGACAGACGAGGCGAGAUUCAAAUCUGCAGAAGAUAUGAGUGUGUGGUUAUCGACAACCCUGAUUUCUGCUCUGCGAGAGAUGAUCGAGUUGUAUUCUGUGUAUUUUGAUGUGAUGAAGAGAUAUUUGGAUGGGUUGCUUGAUAUUCUUAACGACAUGUUGGCGCGAAUAGGGACAUCGUGUUUCCAGCAGCUACUCGAAUCGAACGUCAAAAAGAUGGAUCCUGGCAAUUGGGAAGAAAUAGUUUCGGCCUUUAUCGAGUUGUUCCAGAUUACCACUGCCUCGCAAUUGUUUGAUCCAGCCUUGCACACCGAGGUUGAACCUGGUAACAUGGAGGAAGACGGUGAGCCCUCAUCACAAAACUAUGUCACCCCAGCCCCACUCUUCACUGCCGACCCAUCAUCCUUACCACAGCCCCUCCCCCACUCCCUAUCAUACGCCGAGCAGCGACGCAUCUUCAAACAAAUCAUCGUCAAAUGCGUACUUCAGCUUUUACUCAUCGAGACGACCGACGGACUGUUAGCGAACAACGAUGUGUACAACACGAUACCGGCAGAGCAUCUUUUGAGGUUUAUGAGGGUUUUGGAGGACAGUUGGAGAUUUGCCAGGCGUUUCAAUGCUGACAAAGAUCUACGGAUGAAGUUAUGGAAAGUUGGAUUCAUGAAGCAACUUCCUAACCUUCUGAAACAAGAAACUUCCGCCGCCGCUACACUCAUCAAUGUCCUCCUACGUAUGUACCGCGAUCCUCGAGAAGCACAUCGAGCCACUCGUUCUGGUGUCUUGGACAGAUUAGUACCACUGGCGACGGAUGUAAUUGGAGAUUAUCUGGAGAUCGAUCCUGAGACCCAACCGAGGAAUGUAGCUGCGUGGACGCCUGUGGUGACUGUGCUCUUGAGGGGAGUGUAUGAUUUUGAGCGGGAAGCAUUCUCUACACAUAUACCUACUUUCUACCCCUUGGCCGCGGAUUUACUGUCAAAAGAUGUCCAACCAGAGAUGCGUUUGGCUAUACGUGAUCUAUUACUACGUGUUGGGGAAGUAGGAUUAGGCAUCUCUUCUCGUUCAGAUUCUACAUCACAUACGUAG